AAGUUUGCCAACACUGGUCGAAAUUUGCGCGCAAAGUUGAUUGUGUACUGUUUAUGCAUAGGUGAUUAUUUGAUCUCGAGCAUCAUUCCCGUUCAUUCGCUCGCAUCGUCUAAAUACAUUACAGUAGCCAUGAAGGAAACCGCCAAAUGUGUUCUUCGUUUCGUGAAGCUAACCGAUCAGGCUUUUGCCCCCUCGAAGGGAUCGGUAAAAGCUGCUGGAUUCGAUCUCAAGAGUGCGUACGAGUAUAGUGUUCCAGCUCGGGGCAAACAGGUGGUAAUGACUGACAUCCAGGUCCAACUACCGGAAGGAUGUUAUGGACGUAUCGCUCCGCGUUCUGGUCUGGCCGUGAAGAAUUUCAUUGAUGUUGGCGCUGGAGUGGUUGAUGAGGACUAUCGCGGCAAUCUGGGCGUUGUUUUGUUCAAUCAUUCCGAUACCGAGUUCAAAGUGGCCCGUGGAGAUCGCAUUGCCCAGUUCAUUUGCGAACGCAUUUUUUAUCCAGAGCUGGAGGAGGUAAGCAGCCUUACCGAGACCGAACGUGGAGCUGGAGGAUUUGGUUCGACGGGAACGCAAUGAUGUCCCAAUAUCCAAGACCUCAAAAGCAUUCUAUCAUAAAUAUGUUUAGAAAUUAAAUUCAUUCAAACCUCUCAUACAAUGUAUUAAAAAUUUACGAAUGUUCCUUCUUGUUGAUAUAAAAUAUCAAGAUUGUUUAAUAAAAGUAUUAAAACGAGAA